UUAACUUCUUAAACUGCAGCUCACAAGACACUCCACAGGGACUGUUUUUCUACUCAGCUUCUUUGGCUGUUGUGUACUUUGCUUCUGGAUGCCAACAAGCACGCUCUAAAUAAGGGACUAUAUGACUGUGAGUAACAUCUAGUCAGUGGAUGUGCGCGGCUCAUUGUGGAUUUCCUGCUCAAAUAGCAGCACAGAGAAGGGGGAAGAGAAAAAGCGAAGAGGCUAUUCAUAUUCAUAUCAGUUUCCACUCUGCAUCAGGCAGCUGUUUUGCUCUGUUGCUUACUUAGAGUGAGAUCAUCAUUCCGUUUCUGAAGUUACAGCAGCUUUCCCUCUAAAGUAAGGAAGAUAUCGUUCAUGGGUGAGCCUCAGUAUUACUCCUUUUUACCCUUACUGACUAAUUUCAGUAAGCAAUAUCAACUUCACCAGACCAGGAACUGGGAGUAGAGAAGAGAAAGAAGGCCCUACCCAGAGGAAUGAAAGAAGAAAGAGAACCAAAGAGAUAAGAGAAGACAGAAUUUAAACUGAGUUCUGGCUCAAUCGUCAACUGAAGUAGUAACGAUAGUGAAAAGUGGAAGAUCAAGAUCAACCAAGUGUUGAUCCAUUGGAGGCAACAGGAAUUGAUUGACUGACUGACCUAUUACUCAAGCCUGACAUUGUAAUGAUUAACUGAAGAUGACGGGUCCCUGGACAUCAUGUUGCAAUAAAAAACAUAAAUCCAAGAAUGAAUUACAGGAGUUGGACUCAGUGGCAGAGAACAAGAAGGAAAAAAUGCAAAUGAAACAAGAAAUCACCUUGCUUAACGGCAUUUGUUUAAUUGUAGGGAACAUGAUUGGAUCAGGAAUAUUUGUAUCACCCAAGGGUGUGCUGAUGUACAGCGGCUCGUAUGGACUUGCGCUUCUCCUCUGGGCCCUUGGUGGGGUCUUCUCUUUGUUUGGAGCAUUAUGUUAUGCUGAACUGGGGACAUCCAUACUUAAAUCAGGAGCAAGCUAUGCCUACAUUCUAGAAGCUUUUGGAGGAUUUAUAGCAUUUAUCAGACUAUGGUCUUCCUUGUUGAUCAUUGAACCUACCACUCAGGCAGUCAUAGCGAUUACUUUUGCUAAUUAUAUUGUGCAGCCAAUAUUUCCAUUUUGUGAGCCACCCUAUGGAGCAGUUAGGUUGAUUGCAGCGGCCUGCAUCUGCUCCCUGACUUUUAUUAAUUGUGUCAAUGUGAAGUGGGGAACCCGAGUACAGGACAUUUUCACAUAUGCAAAAGUGAUGGCUCUUAUCAUGGUCAUAGCUGUGGGCCUUUAUAAAGUUAGUCAAGGAAAAACUGACAACCUCAAGGAACCAUUUGAAGGUUCCACAACAAAUGCAGGAUUUGUUGCACUUGCUCUUUAUUCUGCCCUCUUUUCCUACUCUGGAUGGGAUACAUUGAAUUUUGUCACUGAAGAAAUGAAAAACCCAGAAAGAAACCUUCCACUUUCCAUUGCAAUAUCAAUGCCUAUAGUGACUAUUAUUUACUUGCUGACCAAUGUGGCCUACUAUGUCGUGUUGGACAUGACUGCUCUCUUAGCAAGUGAUGCCGUGGCCGUGACAUUUGGUAAUGAAGCUCUUAGCCACGCUAAAUGGAUCAUCCCUAUUGCAGUGGCAAUGUCUUGUUAUGGAGGAUUAAACUCAUCAAUUAUUGCAGCUUCAAGACUUUUUUAUGUUGGCGCUAGAGAAGGACAUCUCCCUGAUAGCCUGAGCUUAAUUCAUAUAAAAUGUUUCACCCCUGUACCUGCUCUUGUUUUUAAUGGUUUAAUGACUUUGGUUUAUCUCCUUGUGGAAGAUGUUUUUCUCCUGAUAAAUUACUACUGUUUCAGCUAUUGGUUCUUUGUCGGACUAUCCAUUGCAGGAUUAAUAUAUUUAAGGCAUAUUCAGCCAGAUAGACCAAGGCCCAUUAAACUCAGUCUCUUCUUUCCCAUUGUAUAUUGCAUAUGCACAGUUUUCCUUGUUAUAGUGCCUCUUUAUAGUGAUACAAUCAAUUCUGUUAUUGGAAUUGGCAUUGCACUCUCUGGGAUUCCUGCUUACAUUUUGGGAGUUUAUUUACCAGUAGAAAAGAGACCUCGGUAUCUUCACUGGCUUUCUGCUACCACUACACAGUGUGUUCAGAAGUUAUUCUGUUGCUGUCUGACAGACAUGGACCUUGAAACAAAGACAGUGGAAAUCAAAGCAAAGUAGACUAUUUUGGACAAUCACUACAUUUACACAUCCAAACAGCUGGAAAUACUCCUUUGUGCUGUAGAACAAACCAAGAAAUGUAUGACUGUACUGUGCAACAUUUUGCUGUAUUUUUUCCCCAGACUAUUUUACUUUAUCCACCUUUUCUUUGUUAUCAAUUUAAGGGAUUUCUUCAUAUUCCCAUAUAAUAUAUAUAAUAUGGAUUGAUAUUUUUUAAAAUAAGCAGUCCAUUGUAUCAAAGCAAAAACUAAGGAUUUAGAGUUUCCUAGAAAAAUGACAUAAAUAUCAACCAAAUAGGAAGGAAAAAUUUAAAUAAUGGCAGGAAGACAAACUAAAGAUAUCAAAUUUCAGGUUCAUCCUUGAAAAUUCUAAAGCAUUCUCUUUUACCAAUGGAAGAUGUCCAAUUUAUUUGGUGGAUUAAUAUAAUUAGUCUGUAUCAGUGGAGUUCAUCUUGUGUCACUGAGUCAAAUCCAUGAAGGGUAUCAGUGGAGACACUAUAUGUCUUUGUACUGGUGCCUAAUGUUUAGGCUCAAUACUGAAACAUGAAAUGUUACUGUCACUGUUAUACCACAGUGUGCCAUUUCUCCUAGCAGAUUAAUGUAUUAUGGGGGGAAAUAUAAUUAGUAAAGAACCUUGCUGUUAGCAGCAUCUUCAGAAGAGGAAUGAGAGCUGUUGACGUAUCAGGAGUUCUAUUAGUGAUUCUGUAAAUAACAGUUAUGACACCAGUACCAGGCUGUCAGUGAAAACUAUGUAUGCCACACUAUCAUAUUUUCUUCUAAAUCUUCAAUUGUCUGUAAUAUUGUAAAAUACUGUAUGCAUCAAUCAACAUUUUUAUUUUCAUUGUCCAAAUGUUUUAUAUAUUUUUUUAAAAUGCAUGCUGUAUUAAUAGAUGACUGUCAAACUUACUUCAGUUUUGAAUAAACCUGAGUUUUAAAUAA